AUGCCAUCUGGCACCAUGUCUACAAUAACUAUGGCUCCCCCUGGUGUUUUUGCAACGUCUAUGCCACCUGAGUUAUCGAAUUCCGCUAGUCCAGUGCUCUCUUCAGAGGAACGGGAAUCUGUAUCGUCCACCGAGAGCCGGCGACGACGAUUAGGUGGGGGAAUCGCAAAUUGUACACCCUCAGUUACAGGUUCUAGUUCUCAGGUCCUUUCCUCCUAUUGCACUUCACCCACAUUUGUCAUUGAGUCCCCAAAGCUCGAUCAUUCAGAUGAGCCAUUUGCAAAAGUGCGAAAGAAAACUCGAGCCCAUCGAAAUCGCGGUGGCGCCCAUAAUGGGAGUUCCCCCUAUUCUGUAAAUAAACCUCUCAAAGUAACUAUAAGGCGAACGAAUGCGCAUUCACAUACUUUAAAUUCUUCCAUGCAAGAUGGCAGCGUCAAUCGAAUGUCGCCAUCAUCCGUUUAUUCCUCUGUUCCGGGGGAUGAUGAAACGAGUCCCAUUCGUGUAUUAUCGCCUCAUCAUCAUCAUAACAUUCCAAAUUCUUUUUCUUCCUCUUCUAAGGCUGUGGAUUAUAAUACACAAGGCCCCGCACCAAGAGACGCUUCUGUAUCGACCAUGGAUAAUGCAACUUCAGUGGAACCAGAUCACCUUGGCCCUUGUGAGCCCGGAACGAAAAUCAAUCUCACUGGAUCAGUAUGGAUGGAAACCCCUGGUAUGCUCUGUGUGGAUGUGAAUUGGCGAGGUCGGUCUUACGUCGGUACACUGAUGGAUUUUACGAAAAACGGACUAAAUUUGGCAUGCCCUAGCAAGAUGAUAACGUCACUAUCGUGUCUUAAAAACAAGAUUAGUUGGAAUCCUGCGUCAACUUCUGUAGGAGGGAAUUCGGGACCCUUAGGAACCGCUGGAUCUGUUAAAACCCGAUCUUCCAAUCCAGGGCCUACAGAAAGUCGAGGUCGACCUUUGACUUCAGCUAGAGGUCGCAGGAAACGUCGUGGGUACGGUCAACUUCCAAUAUCGUCUUCAUCGGGUAAUCUGGUUUCCGAUGGAAUGGAAUCUAAUCAAGAGGAUGAGGCACCCUGUUCAAAUAAUCCUCAACCGGAGACCGGUCUUCCUAUUCUAUGUCCUUUUGAGGGAUGUCGGAAACGUUUUACCGAUUAUCGGUGUCUGCAAUGCCACUUUCAGCAAUCACAUAGAACUCAGAAAAAAACCAAAUUGGAAUAUAAGUCAGAAGAAUCUGCUAUUCAAGAACCAGAAAUUCCCUGUACAGUUCCCUCUCCUUCUGCUCCACAACUUGCAAAAGCGGUUUCUUCUUCCACAGAUGGCGUUCAGCUACCAGAAAGUAAUAGCAAUGAUGAUGAUAUUCCUCCUCCAACGUUAGAUCGUGGGCCGGCGGUGAGCGAAGAACAGGUUCCCUUAAGUAAUGAUCAUCCACCAACUGCCAGUCCUGCUUAUUCUGACAUUUCUGAUGAUGCUCCGGCAACUCCAAAAAUAACCGUUCCGAAGCCGACUAUAGAUUCAAAUCCUACUCCUCCCUCCUGGCAACAUCCUACUGUCGUUCCUCAGAAACCACCGCAACCGCCACAAACAGUUCAAAAUCCACCGCAGGCACAGCCUGUGGAUUGGUCUGCCAAUUCUAGAAUACCGCCUGCUCCAGCUAAUCCUAUUACAACUACAACCCCCCACUCUCACCCCUCAACAAUCCCCCCAGUUCGUUCCUCUCCGUACGAGUUUGAUCCUACUACUGCAGCAGCUAUAAUGACUAGAUUGCAGGGAGGUCAAUUCCCUUAUCCUAAUAUUCAUUCGUCUGCUUAUCAGGUCGGGCCCCCGCAUCCUCACCAGACUGCUACCCCUAGUGUUCCUUUUAAUAUACCUCGAAAUCCCCUAGCUGCUGCUGAUUUCUCCCAGGCUCAGAUUGCGGCCUUUAUGGCUUACCAACAGGAAUUAGCUCGGCGGCAAAGUGAGCUUCAACGACGUGGACGGUCUCCCCAACAGCAGAGACAUUCUCCUCAUCUUCCACCUGGAAUGGGGUCUCAGCAACAGUUUAGACCUCCACCCUAG